GAGUCUUGAGUAGAAUUAUGACUGAAUAGAGGAUACACUAAAAUGGACACACGGGAUAGCCAUGCCAGAGAUUUGCAUGCACAGGCAAUAAACUGAAGACAUUUGAGUGCUGACUUACGUGCUUGCUGGAAGCAGGAGGGCUAUGUUCUUGGGAUCCUGGCCUUUCUCUGACUUUGUGCUAUGGUUCACGGUUCCCAGAAGGCAGCGAGGACACCAUGGUCUUGCAUCGUUCAAGCUCCUGUGGUGCUUGUGCUUCCUGGCCUCCAUAUCCUUCCUGCAGCAGGUGUGGGCACCUCCCUACAAGAUAGGGGUAGUGGGUCCUUGUGCUUGCAAUCCAUUGUUCUCAAAGGCCCUGCCUGAGGUUGCUGCUCCAUUAGCUGCUGAGCGGAUCACAUCAUUUGACCUGGGUUACUCUUUUGAGUAUGAGAUUCUCAAUGAAGACUGCCUGACUUCAAGAGCCCUCUCCAGUUUCAUUUCCUACCACUAGAUGGCCUCAGGAUUUAUUGGACCUGCCAACCCUGGCUACUGCGAGGCAGCCUCACUCCUGGGAAACAGCUGGAACAAAGGGAUUUUCUCUUGGGCUUGUGUGAAUUAUAAAUUAGACAAUAAAAAUAGCUACCCGACCUUUUCUCGGACACUCUCUUCUGCCAUCCGGGUGCUGGUGACCUUCAUGAAAUAUUUCCAAUAGGCUCAUGCUGGAGUAAUUUCCUCAGAUGAAGACAUUUGGGUGCACACAGCCAAUCAAGUUGCAAAUGCUCUUUGGAGCCGUGGCCUACCUGUAGGGGUCAUCCUGACCACAGCACAAGACAGUCAAAGCAUUUGGAAAGCUCUCCAGCAGAUUAGCCAGGCAGACAGAAUUCGCAUCAUCAUCAUGUGUAUGCAUUCGGCUUUGAUUGGGGGAAAGACUCAGACACAUCUCUUGAGGGCUCACAAUCUGAAAAUGACUGAUGGAACCUAUGUCUUUGUUCCCUAUGAUGCCCUGCUCUACAGUUUACCUUAUAAGCAUACCCCCUACCAAGUCCUGAGGAACGACCCCAAACUCCGGGAAGCCUAUGAUGCUGUGUUGACCAUUACAGUGGAGCCCCAAGAAAAGACCUUCUAUCAAGCCUAUACACAGGCAGCACCUAAAGGUGAAAUUCCCGGAAAACUGGAGUCAGAUCAAUUCUCACCAUUGUUUGGAACCAUCUACAAUUCAAUUUACUUUAUCGCACAAGCCAUGAAUAAUGCUCUGAAAAAAAAUGGACAGGUUAGUGCUGCGAGCCUGGUUCAGCAUUCCAGAAACAUGCAGUUCUAUGGAUUCAACCAGUUGAUAAGAACAGAUUCAAAUGGAAAUGGAAUUUCGGAAUAUGUAAUCCUGGACACCGACUGGAAAGAAUGGGAACUCCAUAGUACUUACACUGUGGACAUGGAAAUGGAGAUGCUACAGUUUGGAGGGACCCCCAUUCACUUCCCUGGAAGCGGGCCCCCUUGAGCAGAUGCAAAAUGCUGGUUUGUAGAACGCAAGAUCUGCUGAGGAGGCAUCAAUCCUGCCUUUGCCAUGAUGGUCUGCCUUGCUUUGCUUAUAGCCCUGCUGUCUAUUAAUGGAUUUGCUUACUUUAUAAGACGUCAUAUAAAUAAAAUCCAGUUGAUUAAAGGACCCAACAGAAUUCUACUGACUUUGGAGGAUGUGACAUUUAUCAAUCCCCAUUUUGGCAGCAAGAGAGGAAGUCAUGCCAGUGUAAGCUUCCAGAUCACCUCGGAGGUCCAAAGUGGGAGGUCCCCAAGGCUCUCCUUUUCUUCUUCAGGGAGUCUAACUCCAGCUAUCUAUGAAAACUCCAACAUAGCAAUUUAUGUUGGUGAUGGGGUGUGGCUGAAAAAGCUCCCUUUCGGGGAUUUUGGAGAUGUUAAGUCCAUCAAAUCAAGUGCAAGCGAUAUGUUUGAAAUGAUGAAGGACUUGCCUCAUGGGAAUAUUAACACUUUGGGCUUUUUCUAUGAUUCAGAGAUGUCUGCCAUUGUGACAGAAUUCUGUUCCCAAAGGAGCCUAGAAGACAUACUGACAAAUCAGGAUGUGAAACUCGACUGCAUGUUUAAGUCAUCACUCCUGCUGGAUCUCGUCAAGGUUAAUGGAAAGACAGAGGAAAUCUUGGAUUUUCCCAAAUACAAAGCAGUCCAUGAAACAGCACCCUUGGAGCCCUUGAGGGCAUUGCAAAUACUGCCAGUUAAUCCUCCCUGCGUUCAAUACACAAUGCUUUCUUUUCAGAUUUUGCUGUGCACGGCCCCUUAACUAUUGAGAGCCCCAAGGGGCAGCAGGUUAAGUUCUUUUGCAGGAGAUGUCUAUAGCUUUGCCAUCAUCAAGCAAGAAGUGAUGGACCGGGGAACCCCAUUCUGCAUGAUGGAUCUGGCUGCUGAAGUAAGCGGGAGAACCUUUCUCUUCUUGCUUCUGGACAGAAAUCAUAGACUUAAGAAGUCUCCUCCUGUGUUCAGACCGGUGGUCCCUCCUGAGCAUGCCCCUCCAGAAUGUCUCCAGCUUAUGAAGCAGUGCUGGGCUGAGGGUACAGAACAGCGGCCACGUUUUGAUGAACUAUUUAACCAGUUUAAAACUUUCAAUAAAGGGAAGAAGACCAAUAUCAUUGACUCUAUGCUUUGGAUGUUGGAGCAAUAUUCUAGCAACUUGGAAGAUUUGAUCUGGGCAUGAACUGAAGAGCUGGAAAUUGAAAAUCAGAAAUUGGAAAAGCUUCUAACACAGAUGCUACCACUAUCAGUUGAUGAAUCUCUCAAAUAGGGCUGCAUGGUCGAACCUGAGGGUUUUGACUUGGUCAUCUUCUAUUUCAGUGAUUUGGGCUUCACCACCAUCUCAGCCAUGAGUGAGCCCAUUGAGGUGGUUGAUCUUAUCAAUGACCUAUACACACUCUUUGAUGCUAUCAUUGGCAGUCACGAUUUCUACAAGGUAGAGACCACUGGAGAUGCUUACAUGGUGGCCUCAGUCCUCCCAAAGAGCAAUGGCAGUAGGCAUGCAGCUGAGAUUGCAAACCUGUCCCUAGAUAUACUGAGCUGGGGUACCUUCAAGAUGUGGCACAUGCCACAGGUGCCAGUCCAGAUGCAAGUAGGCCUGCACCCAGGACCUGUUGUUGCUGUAGUGGUAGGCCUCACUAUGCCUGGAUACUGCUUGUUCGGAGAAACUGUGAACACAGCUUCUCGGAUGGAAUCAACAGAGUUACCUUAUCACAUUCAUGACAGUCAGAGCACUGUGACAAUUCUUCGAGCUCUGCUUGAGGGCUAUGAAGUGAAGCUUCGAGGAAGGACAGAACUCAAGACCUGCCCCUUCACUCCAGUGCAAGUAGGCCAUGGCCUGCAACCAGGGGAGAUUGCAGCCCUCCAAAGAAGAAAAGCAGACAGGCAGCUGAUGAGAAACAAGCCAUAAGGAGCAAAAAGCCCUAAGAUUGAAAUCUUCUCUUGUUGAGGCAAUGGAAAAAUCUCACUCCAGUUCAACAAAUUUUUCCACCUGGGCAAGAAAUUAGUGAAUGACCAUACCUCGAAGGAUGACCAAUCUCCAGGGUUAUUCAAGCCUAAUUCCAGUACAUAGCAGAGAAGAAAACUGAAGUGUUAUCUUCUACUUGUGGCAACGUCUCAGUCAAAAGCUGAACUUAUAAGACUUCUAGAGAGAAGCAAGGCCUAACAGAAGUUUCCAGGAAAGGUACCAUCUCAAAACAGAACUUCACUUCUCCUAGAGUCACAUUGUCCUCUAUGAUGAGUAUGGAAGGAUUGUUGGGGGCAAGGGAAAGGGGAGAGGGCUGCAACUAUAGGCUCAUGGAUCAAGACUCUCCCAAACAUAAUCUAGUCCUUUAAGCCCAGGAAUUGUAACCCCAGGGCUAGGACUGCAAAAUAAAGACUAUUAACCAAAGUCUUUUAUUGAGCAACAAGAUGCAUUGAGGGUGAUACUUGACUCUGUAUGUGAUCCCAUCUCCUGUUUCCCUCUUUGGUAUUUCUUUAGGCCAGCACGUCAUCCUCAUCGAAGCCUACCUUAUCUAGCCUACUAAUCCUAUCCUGUUCACGAUCACUUCUUC